AUGAUACAAAUAUCUUCCAUAACAGAACCUCCGACAAAAUUUGAAGCAACAAGAUCGCAUCUAUCGGACCAAUCUGACAAGAACAACAAGAACAACAAGAAUCAACAUCAUCUUCAACAACAAAUAAGACAAGAAUCUCCAACUAGAUCUUCAUCAUCAAUAUCCUUAACAUCAUCAUCAUCCCAAAUGUUGUCAUCAAUAUCACAUCAACCAAGUAUUCAUGAUAACAUAUCUAGUACAGUCUCAAGUACACCGUCAAGUCAUACAUCUCAUGAUGAUUCUACACUUAAAUUGCCAUUAUUAACAUCAGAAAAUUUACAACAACAAGAUGAAAUUGUAGAAGAAUCAAAUAACCAUCAUUCACCUUCAACCCCUACUUCAUUUAAAGGAACUAGAUCAGAAACGAAUUCAAAUUAUACCCAUGAAACUACCCCUUCAUCUAUUGAACAUAACGAAUCAAAAUCCACAAUACCGCCGCCAGAAUCAACCGAUGAAUUUGAAUUUCAAAUAAAAAGAAAUAAUGUGCGGAAUUCGAUAGAAGUAGACCCUUUGCAUAACAUGUCUUUGCACAACCAAUCAACAGAUGAUUCUACAAUUAAAUCAAAACAGACAUCUCCUCAACCACCACAGCAACAAGAUCAAAAAGUUCAGUCUCCACCUUUGGAACAUCAAAAACCAACGUCUCCACUUCCACAAGUACCGACUACAUUACGUCUUCGAUCUGAUCUGGCAACUAAUCUAGUAACACCAAAAAAUAUCAGAAGACAUACAUCACCGGCACCACUUCUUUCAAAUUCAAGAAAUAGUAUGCAAUCAAAUUCAAAUAAGAUGCAUCGAUUAUCAUCAAGGACAGAAUCAGUGAUUGCUUUAACAAGACAUUCCAUAACAAUCGAAAGACCUUUAAAUAAUCGAAAUACUUAUAGUGGAACAGGAGCACCUCAACAAUUGCCAGUUACCACCAGUUUUGAAAUUCAACGUAUGAGGGAUUCUAUCAUACAAAAGAGACAAUUUAAAAAGAGACUCACAGAAGAGGAAAAAGUGUUGGUUGGUAAUAAAAUCAGUGAAGGCCAUGAAAAUUUUGUCAUGGCAUAUAACAUGUUAACCGGGAUUAGAGUUGCCGUUUCCAGAUGCUCAGGUGUAAUGAGAAAAUUGACAGAUGAAGAUUUCAAAGCCACUAAAAAACUUUCUUUUAAUUUUGAUGGUAGUGAAUUAACUCCUAGUUCCAAAUAUGAUUUCAAAUUUAAGGACUAUUGCCCAGAAGUGUUCCGAGAAUUGAGACAAAUCUUUGGUAUUGAUCCAGCAGAUUAUUUGGUUUCGAUCACAGGGAAAUAUAUUUUAUCCGAAUUGGGAUCUCCAGGAAAAUCAGGAUCAUUUUUUUAUUAUAGUAGAGAUUUUCGAUUCAUUAUUAAAACCAUUCAUCAUUCAGAACAUAAACAAUUACUUCGAAUGUUAAAAGAUUACCAUCAUCAUGUGAAAGAUAAUCCAAAUACAUUGAUUUCACAAUUUUAUGGGUUGCACAGAGUUAAAAUGCCAUUAUUCGGAGGUGGAAGUAGAAAAGUGCAUUUUGUGGUUAUGAACAAUUUAUUUCCACCCCACCGUGAUAUUCAUUUGAAAUAUGAUUUGAAAGGUUCAACUUGGGGUAGAAUGACCAAAAUACCAGAAGGACAAGAAAAUGAAUUAUCUAAAUUCACCCUAAAAGAUCUUAAUUGGUUAGAUGAUAAACGUAAGAUACAAUUUGGGCCUGAGAAGCGAAAUAUUUUUUUCAAACAAUUAGAAGCCGAUGUUAAACUAUUGAAGAAAGUCAAUGUUAUGGAUUAUUCUUUGUUAUUGGGUAUUCAUGAUGUUAAAAAGGGGAAUAGUGUUGAUUUAGAGAAACAAUUAUCGGUGUUUGAACCGAAAUCAUUUGAUAAAAUUGCAUUAAUUAGUACCAAUCCAAGAGAUUUAGAUAGAUUACAAGAUUUGCCUAGUGAUGUGUUCCCUGGAAGAUCCAAAUAUGUAUUUUAUGGUCAUGAUGGUGGUAUCAGAGCAACUACAGAGGAUAAUGUACCGACAGGAGAAAUUUAUUAUCUUGGUAUCAUUGAUUGUUUAACUAAUUAUUCAUUAAAGAAACGAUUAGAGACAAUGUGGAGAAGUUUAAGUCAUCAACGAAGUACCAUUCUGGCUGUGCCUUCUAAAGAGUAUGGAGAUAGAUUUCUUAGUUUUAUUAAAAAAGGUACUACACAGGCAAAAAGGAAAAUAUUUUAG